GGGUACUGGGGAUAAGGCAGCUGGGACGGGCUGCUUGGCUGGAAGCAGGUCUUAUUGUUGUGCGCUUGUCCUUCCCGAGUCACUCACACACUCCGCCCUGGGGGAGGAGAGGGCUCUUCUCACUCUGCCGACACACCUUCAACGCUCGCUCUCAGAAAGGCUUCUUUCGUCACUUCCCUCAGAGCAUCUGGAUCCUUCCACAGAUUUUUUUUUACACACCACUGACAGAGGCACGUCGGACUUUGCAUUUUGCUCCACCGCAAUGUUUUGAUUUUUGUACCUGCCGGGACGCUGGUGUAGGCAUGGUGGUCUACCUGAGGAAGAGCGUCCACACUCUGCUGUCGGUCUUCAAGAAGAAGGCUGGCCCGAAAGGGAACGAAGACCAGAAGAGGUUGACCGUCCACUACAGGACCUCCCAGCACUACCAGGAGAAUGUCUUCAUUGAGGGCAGCAGGCCGCAGUACCUGGAGGACCUGCACUCUGAGGCCCAGGAGGGGCUCAAGAUACUACGGCAGGAAGAACACACCAACGGAGUGAACUCACCCGACGAUGAGAGCGUUGCUGUAAGCGCUCCGAAGUCUACAGACACUCUGCGUCCGGAGCAGGACAUCGGCUCCAAGGACGGAGGCGGCUCCCCGGUGUCCGGCACCACCGCCGGGAGCACUGACGCCACGGUGACCUCCGCUGCGUCGAGUAGGCCUGCGCUCACCCGCCAAGGUUCAACAUUCAAGCCUCUGAAUCCUGUUAAGGGACUAGAUAUGAGCAGGAAGAGGAGCCGGAGGACCACCAUCAUGGGUAUUCCCAACCAGGUCCAAAAGGAGCUUGCAUUGCACAGAAGCUCAACCUUCCAGCAGCUUGAUUCCACCCCUAAUCACGACGGAAAGCUCAUUAACAGCCAAUCAGGUGUAGUUACCGCUCCAACGGUUGACGGAGAGACUCCAGCAGCGAAUGACCAGGGAGCGAGGAUGGACCUUUCAGAGCUGGAGUCUGCCGUAGAGGAGCAGCUGCUAAGGAAGCACCUCAAGGCAAUGUUCCACGACGAGCAGACAUCUAACCACCGGGGCUCCGGCAACUACCUCUGCCCCACCUCAACCCAGAGACCCAAGUCCCUCGCAGUACCUGGCAUAACCACUUCUUCCUCCAUGUGUCCUUCAGCGAUUUACAGAUUUCUCCAGGAACCUCAGGGUCCUGUGAUGUCCAUGUCUCCUCAAGCCACCUACUUGUCUACAAUCAUUCCUAAUGCAGUCCUGCCAGCCUCAAUUGAAGUCAUAGAGAUUGACCGCAGCAGCAGCAGCAGCAGGACGAGAGGCAGCAGUGUAAACCAAAGCGGCCAUGUCCGCACCGUGAGCAGGAGCAGCCUUGCAUCCGGGGACUUAUCAGUCAGCCCUUUGUUGUCCAGAAGAUCAGAUGGUGAUGGCUCCCAAACCGACAACUCCCACGAGGACUCCGCACUGAUGCCCCUCUCGGCUUUGGGGUUGAACUGGAGCGAGUCACAGUCAUCAAAGACCGUGUCAAACUCCUCGCCGGUAUCCUUCAAGUGUAGCGCGCUUAGCGGUGACUCACGGAGAGUGAGUCUGAAUGGACGGGAAAGCCAGACGGAGAAAUCGAGCGGGGACCAAGACUUUGUCAGUCCUCGUAGCUCAAUUAGCACAAUUAGCAGCUUCAGCAGUAGAAGGGAAGAUGUUGCUACAGGUCAAGGAUCUAAGUCUGUUUCAGGGUUAGAUGAAAAGACCACGCAGAAUUUCAAUCGGAAUUUGUCUGUUAUGAAGACCAAGCAACCCCCGGCACCUCCGAGAAGAACAAACUCUCUGCAUGGUAAUAAGAUCCGGAGCAAACCCAAGGUUCUGGUCGACGUCAAUGACUCUGUAUCUGGAGAUGGGGCAAACGCCGCAGAAAGAAUUGUGCCAAAGGAUGAGAUGAAACCAAUCAUCUCCGCACAGGGAGCACCGGAGUCUCAAUGCAGUAGCUCCUACCCUCAGAAAAUAUCCUUGGAAGAGGGUAAAUUCGAACGGACCAUGUCCCCUUCCAGCGGGUACUCAAGUCAGAGUGGCACACCGACACUGUCCCCCAAAGGGAUCUCCCCAACCUCCCCUGACAAACAGAAGAAGAAACCUGUGAAACCAGAGAGGUCAGUGUCUCGGGCCUCAUCCUCAGCAGCUUCUCCUGCCUCUUCGCUUACCUCUCUAUCAUCUGGUACAUCCGACCCUGUCAAUCCAGAUGUUUUCACCAGUGGCCCCACUGUUCCCCAACAGGGAUCUCCACCCACUGCUGCAGCAAAAGACCUCACUCCGGCUAACAAUUCUCAGGCAUUGGGAGAUGAAGUCAGAGAGCUGUUGAACCUUCCACCACCUCCGAAAGUCAAGGCGCCAUGUGCUCCUCCACCAGAGACGUGGGUUCACAACAGGCGCACCUUUGAGCUCUUGUGUGGGGGUCCUUGCCUUAAUGUAAGCAAAGUAACCCGGCAAGACAGCACAGUCAAACAGGCGGGAACCCAGACUGAAACUAUCGAGGAAAUGCCCGUUUUGGAGGAAAAACUAUCAACUGGAGACAAAUCUGUCUUAAAACUGUCCGAGAGCAAAGCAAACCUCGAUACUUUGUGUUCUUGUGUUCACAAGGAGAUGAAGAGUAGGGAAAGUCAGAGGACUGAAGAAGAAAGGAUGGAAGAAAGUGCAGACGUUCAGAAACAAGAGCAGAGUGACAGCCUUUCGGUGAAGGGCCCCAAGAGUCCAAAGAAAGAUCCUCCUCCAGUCCUGAAGAAACCUGUGACAGUACUGAACAGAAAGGUGUUAACGGAGGGAUCACUGGACCGACAGCAGAAGACAGAGAGCGGCAGCGUCAAGUCAGAUGUUUGUUUAGUGGUUGAGAACAGUUCAACAGCCCCAGAGCGUGGGGUCAUGCUCUUAGCCGAUAACAGUGAUGAGGUGAUGGACAAAAGUGAGGUUACGUCCACGCAGACACUUUCUGUGGAGGUCCCCAAAGUUGGCAAGGCCUCGCCACCACCUACCCCUCCUCCAUCGUACCACCCUACACCUCCUCCGUCAAGAAAGACGCCUCCUUCAUCGGUGUCCACGCCACCUGGUGAAUUACACAGGGUACAGGAGGAGAACCCUGCUGGAGAGUCCUCUUGGCCACCUCCUCCGCCACCUAUGGAAGGAGACUCUGUCUUUUACGGAGGAGAUGAGGUGGACUUUCCUCCACCUCCUCCACCCUUACUGACGGACAGUGAGCCAGAUGUAAUGGACAGUUGUGUGACAGAGUUGGACAUGUCAAAGGGACACACAGAGGAAGUUGGAGAGUCACCUGAGGAUGCGGGUGAACCUCGGACAGCCGUGCAUCAACCAAUUCCAGAUUUGUCCCCGGCUGUUUCUCAAACCGCAACUGACACCACUCAAGAGGUUGUACCAUCUCCACCAGGGGCGGCACCCCCUUCGCCAUCAAAUACAAGAGCAGAGAACCCAGCUUCAGCCGCCGCCUCAGUUCCUCCCUGCCGCUUCCUGAAGCAUGAUGCUCCCACAGAGCGUGCCGUCAGUGCUCAACCUCCGGAACCUGUCCCAGUAGCACCCGCCUUACCGGCAGACAACUUCCCCCAAGGGAUAACUUUCAGACGACAGCCUAGUGUGCCGAACAGAGACCCCAGGAGCAAGGAGCUGCUUAACCGCCACAAAAGCGCACCUAUUCCUAAAGAGGAUGCUAACAUACCUCUCGUCACCCCCUCCCUACUUCAGAUGGUUCGUCUCAGAUCGGUCAACAUGACUGAAGAUCAGGAGAAAGCUCCAUCUGAGGACAAGUCAGUUCAGGAGAACUGCUCGACCCGGGUCCCAGGACCUCAAAACGUUCCACAAAAGCCAAUCCGCAAGUCUCUGUCACUGAAAUCUCCCCCUCAGGCAGUAAAGACAACCUCUGUUGUGCACCCCCCUUCCAUGCGCUUACAGGAAGCCAUACGUAUGAAAACCGCAGCCAUGUCCUCUCGAGAUGGUCUCCCGUCCCGACUGGGUGUGAGAUCCUCCACUUACAACUCCGUCAGUGAACAAGGCUCCCUGAAACCCCCCGAGGGAUGUGACACGCACAAGUCCCCCGCCUCCACCGCCAGCUUUAUCUUCUCUAGGGGCACAAAGAAGGUCGUCUUUGAGACCGCGGCGGCCUCCUCCCCCGAAGCUCAGGCGGGUCUCAAGCAAAGCCUGGCGGCCGAGCUCGCGCGAGUGUCCGACCGAUCCAAAUGCGGCGCCUUCUCCAACGGCGGUCUGAAGUCGGACAAAGUUCCCCCGCCGGUAGCAAAGAAACCGGCAAACAGUCCCACGCAGAAUCCUCCUGCCUGUUUGACGAAGACGGGCUUCGGCGUCGAAGGAAACGGAGCGACGACACUCCCUGAGACAACAACCACACGGGUGACGGCGGACACGAUUGAAACGCUGUUUUGAGCGAGUGGUGGAAUCAGACUCGAGCAAAGACGACGA